UUCUCCUAAGCCUCAAUUCAAUGUACUAAUAUCAAACUAAGCUAUAUACUAUAUAUUGAAAUUAUGGAGUCAUCAAUGAUUAGUAGAGCUACAAUUGUGACAUUGAUGGUGUUGUUAUUAACAUCAAAUAAUUAUAAGAAUGUAGAGAGUGCUGGAGAGUGUGGAAGGACACCAAUAGGGUCAGCAGCUGCAAGCUUAAGUCCUUGUUUGGGUGCAACAAAAGAUGUAAGGGCAAAAGUGCCACCAGCAUGUUGUGCUAGGGUUUCUGCUUUGCUUAGAACCUCUCCAAGAUGUCUUUGUGCUGUGCUCUUGUCACCAUUGGCCAAACAGGCUAAGAUCAACCCUGCCACUGCCAUUACUGUCCCUAAGAGGUGCAACAUUAGGAACAGGCCUGUUGGAAAGAAAUGUGGAAGAUACACUCUUCCUUAAAAGUAAUUAUCAUCCUGAGAGAGUAAUUAUUAAUAUUAUAUAUGAUUAUAUAUGCAGUAUUUAAAAGACUAUAGAGAUCAAUAAUAAGUGGCGUAUAAUGUCAUAUAUAUAUGACACUAUAUCAACUAGAGAGGGUAUUAUUGCUAAGCCUGAGAGUAUUUGUAUUACAUGGUUGGAUGUUUAAUUUGUCUUGUUUGUUAUAAUUAAUAUGUAAUGUUUAGUAUUUACUGGUAUCUUAUUGGAAAAUGUUAUAUAUGUACCAUUUCUUCGAAUAAAUUAAAUUUAUAUUGCAUAA